CAAUCCUCAUUGAAGAGCAGACGAGCACGGCCCAAGCCUCAGAGCAGCUGGCACCAGCGGGCGUCUGGCAGGUUAGCAGCAGCACCAUGGCUCCCCUCCUAGCCCGGCCCCUCACCCGGUUCACCGCCACGCACUACUCGCCACUCAUUCUCCUAAGAACCAUGUCGUCAGGCAACUUCCUUAUCAACCAGCCCAAGUACGCCUUCCUUAAGGAGCUGGGCCUGGCUGAGACCAACAAGGGAGUGUUUAACGGCAAAUGGUUCGGCAAUGGCGAGGUCAUCACGUCAUACUGUCCGGCCAACAAGCAGCCCAUUGCCCAGGUGCAGCAGGGCACUGUGCAGGACCUGGAUGAGUGCAUCAAGGCUAGUAAGGAGGCAUGGCAGGUCUGGGCUGACAUGCCUGCCCCUGCACGUGGUGAGAUUGUGCGGCAGAUUGGAGAGGCACUGAGGGCAAAGUUGGUGCCUCUAGGACAGCUAGUAGCUGUUGAGAUGGGCAAGAUCAAACCAGAGGGUAUUGGUGAGGUUCAGGAGUAUGUCGACAUUUGUGAUUUUGCGGUGGGUUUGUCCCGAAUGGUGGGAGGAUCCGUGCUACCUUCAGAGAGACCAGGCCAUGUCUUGAUGGAAAACUGGAAUCCCUUGGGUGUUGUGGGUGUCAUCACUGCCUUUAACUUCCCUGUGGCUGUGUAUGGAUGGAACAGUGCCAUUGCCAUGGUGUGUGGUGACACCCUGGUGUGGAAAGGAGCUCCCACCACCCCCUUGGUAUCCAUUGCCACCACCAAAAUUGUUGAGUCAGUGCUGGUCAAGAACAAUCUGCCAGGUGCAGUGUCUGCUUUGUGCUGUGGUGGAGCUGAUGUAGGCACAGCCAUGGCCAAGGAUGAGAGACUGCCAUUAGUGUCGUUCACAGGAUCCACCAGUGUUGGCAACAAGGUUGCUCUCAUGGUACAAGAACGCUUUGGUCGUCACCUGCUUGAGUUGGGCGGCAACAAUGCCAUCAUUGUGGAUGAAGAUGCUGAUCCAGAGAUGGUUGUGCGGGCUGCCCUCUUUGCCUGUGUAGGCACAGCUGGCCAGCGCUGUACCACCACUCGCCGCCUCAUUCUCCACCACACUCUCCAUGAUGUCAUUGUGGAGCGGCUAGUGAAGGCAUAUGGCAACUUCAUGUCUCGUAUUGGUGACCCCCUUGAUGAUGGAACACUGUAUGGACCCAUGCACUCCCAGCAGGGCAUUGAUGGCUUUCUAGCCACUGUGCAGGAAGCUCAGGCUCUUGGAGGCAAAGUGGUGUUUGGUGGAAAGGUGAUAGAACGGGAGGGAUACUUUGUGGAGCCAACCAUCAUCACUGGCCUGCCUCAUGAUGCCCCAGUGGUUCACAAGGAAACCUUUGCCCCUAUUGCAUACAUCCUGAAGUGCUCCUCUGUGGAUGAGGGCAUUAGCUGGAACAAUGAAGUGAAGCAAGGGCUUUCCUCAUCCCUGUUCACACAGAAUCUUGCAAAUGUAUUCAAGUGGUUGGGUCCAAAGGGUUCAGACUGCGGCAUCAUCAACAUCAACAUCCCUACCAAUGGAGCAGAAAUUGGUGGUGCCUUUGGAGGAGAGAAGCACACAGGUGGAGGCCGAGAGUCUGGGUCUGAUGCUUGGAAGCAGUACAUGCGGCGCUCCACCUGCACUAUCAACUACACCAAGGAACUUCCACUUGCUCAGGGCAUUAAGUUUGAAUAAAUGCCACAGCCUUGCCCAAAGUGCUCUUAUUGGCUGUCUUGGCUGAUGAUCCAAGACAGUUUGUCCAUCUUAAUAUCUUCAGUGUGCUGCUCCUUUUCAGCUGAAUUUUUAUACUUUGAGUUUUUUGUGAAAUCCUUUUGUGAUGAAACAUUUAAGUUUUAUUACAUUAUUAAAGAAACUAUCUGCUCAAUAUUAUGCAAUUGAUUGUGUCAGUUUACUCUAAUGUAAUGAAACGGUGAUCCCUGUAAUGAAAUAAUUUACAAAGAACAGGAUACCAAAUUGUUAAGAGCUAUUUUGUAAAGAUGCAAUAUUUUAUAUACUACAUUUGUAUCCUGUUAUGUGGAAUCACAAUAUAAUUUAAAAGUUGUUU